CUUUUAUUGUGAAGGCUGUAGUAGGCCGGCACAAUGCUUAGUCAUGGUGAGUUAUUGCUCUCCCUCCGCCUUCGUCUGUGGCGCACUGCACGACGAACCCGGGAGAAGGAAUCCAUCUCGAUGAGUUCAAGUCAUCUGUUGGAAGAGCAGCCUCCCUGUGAACACAGCAUAGCAAACAAAUUCCUGAACUGCCAGCACACCGGCUUCAGAGAAAGUCACCAAACCCUCAGCCCCCCUCGGCUCCUUCCCCACAUUCUCUACACAGUUAUGCUGAGCAUGUCAAUGUAGUCCACACUUGUUUAUUUACUUGAACUGCAGUCUUGUUUAAAAACAAGGAUACAAGUGCAUUUCUAUUUAUUUAUUUAUUUCGCUGUUUUAUAUUAUUUAUAGAUUUAGUAGAUUUAAAAAGUUUUCUCUCUCAUGGCCCUGUUUUUCUUGGACAACUGGAGUUAUUAUAGCCAGUCAUGUAGCUGCUGAGCCAACUGUGACGGAAAGUCACACCCAAGUGUGUCGCCAUGUCCAGAUGAGUGUGAUGCCUGGACAUAAGAACUGACUCGAGAGAGAAACUCUUCAUACCCGAUUGAAACUUCAAUAGAAUGCCCAGUAACGUUCCUGACUGUUAAGGAGAAAAGAUAGGAAAUGACAGAGUGCCUGACAGAAUGCAAAGCGCUGGUGACUCCGUCCACACACAACGGCCACCGUGUCUUCAGCUACACGCUGGAGAGCCACACCGCCGCCGCAUUCGCCAUCAUGAACGAGCUGCGUCUGGAGCGUCAGCUCUGCGAUGUCAUACUGCGGGUCCGCUACCAGGAUCUGGAGGCUGUGGACUUUGUGGCCCACAAGGUGGUACUGGCGUCUUCCUCCCCAGUCUUCAGGGCCAUGUUCACCAAUGGCCUCAAAGAGUGUGAAAUGGAGCUGGUGCCUAUCGAGGGAAUCCACCCCAAGGUGAUGGACAGACUCAUAGAGUUUGCCUACACAGCCAGCAUAUCUGUCGGGGAGAAGUGCGUGAUCCACGUCAUGAACGGUGCUGUCAUGUACCAGAUCGACAGCGUUGUGAAGGCCUGCUGUGACUUUCUGGUUCAGCAGCUUGACCCAAGUAACGCCAUCGGCAUCGCUAACUUUGCUGAGCAGAUCGGUUGCACAGAACUCCAUCAGAAGGCCCGUGAAUAUAUUUAUUUGAACUUCAGCCAGGUGGCCACUCAGGAAGAGUUCUUUAACUUGUCUCACUGUCAACUGGUGACCCUCAUUAGUCGCGAUGAGCUCAACGUUCGCUGUGAGUCGGAAGUUUUCCAGGCGUGCGUGGAGUGGGUGCGUUACGACCAGGAGAACAGAAGGCCUUAUGUCCAGGCUUUGCUCCAGGCCGUCCGCUGUCAUUCCUUGACCCCCAACUUCCUCCAGGCUCAGCUGCAGUCCUUGGACUGGGACCCCCAGUGUAAAGACUACCUAGCGCAGAUCUUCCAGGACCUCACGCUCCACAAACCCACCAAAGUCAAUUUUUGUCGAACUCCAAAGGUGCCACAGCUCAUUUACACCGCAGGGGGUUAUUUCCGCCAGUCUCUCAGCUACCUCGAGGCCUAUAACCCCUGUUCAGGAUCCUGGCUGAGGCUGGCGGACCUUCAGGUACCCCGAAGUGGCCUUGCUGCCUGUGUCAUCAGUGGCCUGUUCUAUGCCGUUGGUGGACGGAACAAUGCUCCGGACGGUAACAUGGACUCUAACUCACUGGACUGCUACAAUCCCAUGAACAACUGCUGGCUUCCUUGUGCGCCCAUGAGUGUCCCCCGAAAUAGAAUCGGUGUGGGUGUCAUUGACGGCAUGAUUUAUGCCGUUGGUGGGUCACAUGGCUGUAUCCAUCACAAUAGCGUGGAACGCUACGACCCAGAAAGGGACGAAUGGCAGCUGGUUGCCCCCAUGUUGACUCGACGCAUCGGUGUUGGCGUUGCAGUCAUCAACCGGCUGCUUUACGCUGUGGGCGGGUUCGACGGUGCCAAUCGGCUCAGCUCCUGUGAAUGCUACAACCCAGAGAGGGACGAGUGGAGAACCAUGUCCUCCAUGAACACCGUUCGCUCAGGAGCAGGUGUGUGUGCUCUGGGGAAUUUCAUCUUCGUCAUGGGCGGCUACGACGGCACCAACCAGCUGAACACAGUGGAGCGGUAUAAUGUGGAGACUGAUUCCUGGGUCUUUGCUGCCUCCAUGAGGCACCGACGCAGUGCGCUGGGGGUCACCGCGCUGCACGGCCGCAUUUAUGUGCUAGGAGGUUAUGAUGGGAACACUUUUUUGGACAGCGUGGAGUGUUACGACCCUGAAAAGGACACGUGGUCGGAGGUCACGCACAUGAUGUCCGGGCGGAGCGGCGUCGGCGUGGCCGUAACUAUGGAGCCCUGCCAGAAAGACCUGCCUCAUUCUCAGAAAACAGAGAGGAGCGAGUCAUCCAAUCCACACUCUGCCAGUCCUGGGUUUGGAGGCCAGCAGAAUCUGAACCACAACGGACAGUAACCGCUGGGUGAUCCUGGCCACAUGGAUCUUAGAGGCCACAUGCUGAUCAAAACAUUACACCCUUUAUUGUAGCAGAGAUUUGACCAUUUGUGAUCCAUCAAUGAAUCAUGUUUGAUUUCACUAUAUUCACAUGCUGUUCUCUAUAUUUUUGUCCAAAACUGAGAGCUUAGCUAUUUAGUUGCAGUAUCCCUGUCUAGCUCAAAAAAUUAAUGUGACUUUUUUGUGUAACAAACCCCUCGUUGUCAAUGGAAAAACAAAAGUGUGAUAAUUAAUUAGAAACUUUUAAACAUUUUAACUUAUUUAUAUACAAAUUUUUGUCAUGACAAUAUUACUAAAUAUGAUAGAACCUAAUAUUGUAUAUUUUUUUAAACAUUAAAAUAACACUGAAGUCAUUCAAAUAUGUGCAUGAUGCUCAUUCAAUUUACAGAAAGUGGGUUUGUUACACAAAUAAGUGAAGAUGCUGGAGGGUAACAACAAUGUUCAUCACAUAGUGUCAUCUUCUGUUCAAGCAUAUCAGUUGUGCAACAACACUGCAUGAGCACAUAGAGCUGUGUUUCUGCAUGAUGCGUGUGUUGUUGUACUGCAUCAAUUCAUUGCGUGCGCGACUACCAUGUCCAGUAAACAUGGCAGGAGCACUGGUCAUGCCGCAUUAGCAUGCUGUCCAGCAUUAGCAGUACAUGCAGCGUUAAGGCCUUGUGCAGCUGAAAUGCAUCAGGAUUAAUUGGCUCAUUGUGCAGCAUUAGCACUGAGUUAGCUAGCUUAGCACUAAGUGAUAAAUUAGCCCGAUGCUAAGUUAGCUGCGAAUUAAGUUGUAGCGUUCUGUGCUAAACUAGCAGUGUUAGCCAAACGUGUAGCGUCUGCGCGUCUUUUAUUUCCUUCACCACCCUGUUAGCAAACAGUGCAAAGUUAGCAUUGGAUCUUGUGGUUAGUUUGAACUUUCAUUUGCUACUGUAUAUAGCUUCACGUGCGAGUCUCAGAAGGCAAAUUGACAUUUUAAUAGAUUUCCUGCGCUCACUUGGGGCUGUUUGCACAUGUUGACUAUGUGUCUUGUCUGUCACACAGAAGCCGCUUCUUUUGUUGCAAAUGCUGUUCACAACACAUUUUGCUUCUCUGUGGACUUGAUAUCAUCUUCUGAAAGAUUUUUGAAUAACUUUUUAAUCCAGUGUUUGUGAUCAACAGACAGACACUCGUGGUGGCAUAUUCUGUCAACUGCCACAUCAGUCUGGAUGUAGCAGCAGUGGGUGGGGCUUCUUUGUCGCCUCACACACCUGUCGGACGUCUUGCUGCGUUCUGUUCAUAAUUUCCAAAGUUGAAACUGUUACCUUUUAACGGGACCUUGGUUUCAUUCACAACAUGAUGGCAGGAGAGUUUUCUCCACAAGCAAGGUUUUGAUGAAACUCGUCUGGUUUCGUCGUAUUUAUUGCCGGCGUUGGACCAAUGGCCGACGAGACGCAGAACAAAUCCAGACCUCAAAUAACAGAAGCUACCCGGUUUGUGCAUUGGUGUUCCAACAAGCGUAUGCUGAUGCCAAACAGUGCUUAAAGACGUGUAUUUGUAACAGCAAAUUAAGCUGCAAAUGUUUAUAGUUGACAUUUUGUACAUGAAUAUUCAAAUACAUCUUGUACAGAUUUGAAGAGUCCACCAUGUUUUUGGUUUGACCCGGGGGCUGGGUUGAGUUUUGGUUUUAAUAUUGCAUGACCUAGAGAUGAUUGACGCAAUUAUUUGUUUGCCCCGCCCCCACCAGAACCUCGUGACCAUUGUGAA